AUGGCCUUGGUUACGGCGCUAAAAGGAAGCUACACUGAGAUCACGCCUGCCCUCUACGGAGUAUCCAAAUGGCAAUUACGGAAUCUGAGCAAAAACAGGAAGUCAGGGCCUGUCUUGGCCCGACCAAAGGCCUACGCUGACGAAAGAGCGACCUGUCUAGCUGGUUUAGCGCCCCAAGGCAGUGAUUCCAGUGAGAAGACGCAAUUGCGAUUGGAGAUCGUUCUUUCGCUGAACCUGCGAUGA